GGCCAUCCAGAUUGACAAUCAGCUGUUGUGGUCCGAACCUCAAUGUGAUUUUCAGGGCUUUUUUAACAAUAAAAAAUAAACACCGGUGUUUUCUGAUAUUUCAUGGUAACAAACACUAACUACUUGCUAUGGAUAGCAAUGAAGCAGAGAAUCGUUCGGAUAGUAAAAUGCCAGUCAAAAAGGAGUAUAUCCCUUUAGGCACCACCAUACAUGAAGAACAACCUUUUGUGUAUGUUUUGAGUUCGAAAUUUCGCACUGAGUGUUGUGAUUUUUGCUUUAAGAAAUGGGCUCAACUAUCGAAAUGCUCAGCCUGCAAGUACGUGUACUAUUGCGGAAAAGCAUGCCAAAAACAAGGGUGGAUGGUGCAUAAAUAUGAAUGCCACAAUUUAAAGAAAAUUGCUCCCAGGAUCUUGCCUGAUGCUGCCAGAAUGUUGUUUAGAAUCCACAAAAAAAUGCAAACUGGAGGAGCUGCAUGCAAGACGUGUUACACCAAAGGACAGUACCGGAUGUGGAAAGAUCUGAUGUCCCAUUAUCCCGAGCUUAAAAAGGACGCAAGAAGAAUGGAACAUUUGUCGUCACUAUACGCGGUUUUAACUGAAUUUUUCCAGGAAGAACUAGGGCCGAAUUUCGUGGAAAUGAUGGAACUUUAUGGUAGGAUGUGCAUUAACAGCUUCAAUAUUUGCAAUCAAGAGCUGCAAAGCUUGGGUACCGGUAUUUAUUUGGGGGCUUCCAUAUUCGACCAUUCCUGCCAUCCGAACGCCCUGGCAAUAUUCGAAGGCACUACUUUGAUUAUCAGAACUUUAUACGCCUUGCCUGAAGUGGAUUUGUCCAAAAUCAGAAUCAGUUACAUCGACGUGUUGGCCUCAACAGAAGAGCGUCAAAAGGAAUUGUUAGAUGCGUACUAUUUUCUGUGCGAUUGCCCCAAGUGUUUGCUGGCAGAAGAUCGCACGGAGCUGUUUGGGGCCCAGUGCCAGAACACCGCGUGUAAAAGCGCAGUUUGCUGUGAAAAAGCGAAAUGUGAUAAAUGCGGAAAAGAAUUGACGCAAAAGUUUAUCAAUGAGUUUAGAAGCGUUGUGGAACUCACGGAAAAUCACCUAGCCACAAUGAAGGACAUGACAUGUCUGGACGUUUGUAAAAUUUGCCUGAAAAAACACAAAGGAGUGCUCUACAAGCACCACUUGAGACACAUCAAAACUCUGGACUUGGCUUUUGAGGCCUCCAUAGAUUUAGGCAAAUUCGACGACGCCUUGCAGUAUGGCUUGGAACUCGCUGAAUGCUAUGAGAAACGCUACCCGACGAUUCACCCUUUAACAGGUCUCUUGCAUUUGAAGCUGGCCAAAUUGCUGAUGAACGAGCGCAAAGUGAGGGAGUGUGUGCGACAUUUAAGGCAAGCAAGUGAUAUUUUAAAAGUUACGCAUUCAAGCACGAGUUCAUUGUACAAGACAGAAGUGUUUCCUCUAAUUCAGCAAUGUAAACUCAUGAAUGGAAUUAAACGCACAUAAAUGCUU